CGCCUGAAAAUGCGGAAAGCAAAGAUUAUUUAUACUUUAGUCUUCUUCUUCUCCCUUCUCCAGCAGUCGUGUUGUGAGGUUAAUUCCCUCACUGGCUAUUACCUCGGCUCUGAAGGCCUCGGCCUUCCCAGUUACAUAGAGAGACUCGAUGCGAAUGAUGCCACUGUCUUUUACUAUGACAGCAGCAUGCAUUCAAGAGCACCAUGUCCCGAUUGGCUCAACACCACAGCUGGUCAAGAACUCUGGAAAAAGAUAAGUUUUAGAUCACAGGACAACACGGAAAAUGUAGUUGUGGGAUUCCAAACAGCCAUCAAGCAGUUCAAUCUCACAGGCACCUUAUCAAAUAUUAAUGUAUAUCAAGCCUACAUUCAGUGUGACCUCUAUCCAGAUGGCACAGUCAAGGGAUUGUUAACUCACGGGUUCAACGGGAUGGACUUCGUAAGUUUAGAUAUUGACAGUAAGGCAUUCAUCGCAUCUGUUCCUCAAGCCGUCAAAUAUAAAAGGAUUCGGGAGAAGGAUAUUGACGAACUAGUGUCUUACUACAAAAAGACCUGUUCUGAUGAACUUAAGAUUUACUUAGAGAAUUCUCCUGCAGUCAACAUGAAGAAAGCUCCAGAGGUCAGGAUUUUUGAGGAGCAGAGAGCUGGUUCCACUCUCCUCACGUGUCAUGUGACUGGGUUUUACCCCAAAGCCGUGCAGGUGAAGUGGAUUAGGGCAGAUUUACAGCAGGAGGAUAUCGAGACGAAUGAUGUUCUGCCUAAUGGUGAUGGCACGUAUCAGACCAGAAGGAGUGUGAUCAGACCUGAGGAGAACACAGGAGAUCAGCACUACAGCUGUGUAGUGUAUCACAGCAGCGUCGAGGGAAAUAUUACAGUCACCUGGGGUAAAGAAGAGAAACUCUUCCGGCUUCCUGUUCUGAUGAUCCUUGGCUGCAUUUUCAUGGUUGCUGUAGUUGGGCUUGUAAUACGAUGCUUCAUUAAAAGUAAAGACACUGUGACUGAAAGUGACGACUCAUGAGAAGAUCGAGCUGUCUAUCCUCAACCUCGAACUCCUACAGUCCUCAGGCCUAGCCAUUUCUUCUUAGAUACAGGGAUGAAAGUCUUCCGGAUUUACCCGGAAAUUUGACAAAACUCUUGAAAAUCUCCGGUUUUCCAAAUGGAGAAAUUUAUUUUUUGGAUUUUUCACGUUCCUAGACAUGGCGUAAUACUUCGCAUCGUCCUUGCAUGGGCGCAGUGCUUAAACAGCCCAAACAUAGUUCAUUGAUUAAAGACAGGUGUUCUUUGUUAACGGCGCGUGUGCCGGAGCUCGUUAGGCGCGCCUUCAGGUGCACGAGCUAAGGCGUGCAGGACUGACACCGUUCUGCGCAGCGCAACACAAUCGCACUAGAAAGCAUGUUCAAGCUGCCAGUGUAGCUGCAGUCUUUUUAGUUGCAAAUUACAAGCAUUCCCUCGUGUUAAUAAUUCGCCAUGUCAAAACAAGCAAAACUUUCCUCCUUCUUUCGAUGUGAAGAGAGGUAAGCCAUUUAUUAUGUUUUCCAUCAAAGUUGCAUUUUGUGGUUUCGAAGCUAAGUUUUAGUGCCGUUUCUAGAACACAACAUCAAGAAAACGUGGAAGAAACAGCAAUAAUGGAAGAGCCGGUUUCUAAGCUGCCUAUAACCAGCAAUGGUAAUUAUUUUUUGUUACAUAAUGUACUCAGGCUGCCAGUCAGUGUGUGACACACACACACCUUGAAAAAUCCUAGCUACGCCCCUGAUUUACAUGAGAAAUUUGGUAUGCAUUGGUGUGUUUAAAUUUACAGACAAUACGAACUAAUGUAAACAAUUGGCUUCAACUCGCAUAAAUAUGAAUUGGAAAUGUUUAGUUCACUUUAGCUUCUGCAAACACACAACUCUGAUAAAAGAUUGAGCCUCGUUUAUCAAUGUCCCCAACAUUGAAACCUGAAAGCUUUAGAAACUCUAACAGACCUUUACUUUUUAACAGUGCUGGUUUGGGAUUUUGCUGAGUUUACCUUCAACUGUCUGAUUUUUUUCAAAGUAAUGAACUGUGUAGCAGGAAAAUCACCGCGUUUUCUAAAUGCACUCCUGAAAAUUACUCAUUAACUCAGGGAAUUAAAUUUGAUAUUUCUGACAUGUUAAUCAUUAAUGUACAUGAAAGAAAAAGGCUUAAAAGUUAUAACUUGUUUUAGUGAAAAUAAGUACUAAAAUGCACUAGAAUGCAGGGUUUUGCGUGUUAUGUUAUUAAAAUAUUUUCGGGGGACGUUGCGCCCCCCAUCUUAGUUUGACUUUCAAAAGUUCAGGGUUUUUUUUCUUUGCUCCACUUUCAUCUCUAUAGAUAUUUGCACAAAUCUUCUCUUCAGUCUAAGUAAAGAAUGAGAAUCCUUGGUUUUUUUUUUUUUUGGGGGGGGGGUCCUACUUUUCUUACAAUACCCGAGGCCCAGUCUGAGCCACAAAUAAGCUUUAAAAUAUUUUUGUCAUGGAUAAUGGUUUAUAAAAGCCAGACUACCCAGGCAUAAAGAAUGCACUUUACCAUUCACACGAACAUUAAUUCUCAUUGUUUUAUAGUUUUGCACAACUUCAAUAGAAUCAAAUGUUUUUUGUUUUACAAUAACAGAUGUAUUGGGUUCUCAUUUUAAAAAUCUCGGGUCAUUGUAAUCCGAGUCAUUUUUUAAAAACCUCUGGAUAUUUUAACUCUUUAGACUCACAGGAACAACCAUCUACUGCCUUUACUUUCAUACUGACAGACAUGUCCUUUUAGGUUCACUGUAGCUAGUGAAGAAUAUAUUUUAAGAUAAAUAACUGAAUGAUAGAAGCUCUUUGAGGAAGGUGUAUAUGAAGCAUUAGGAAGGUCAUAUUGUAUUACUGUGCUUGCUAUGUCAUGUCUUUUUACUGGUCUAUGAAGCAAAGCUCACUCCCAGAUGAAAUAUUGUCAGUUAUUAAUGUUUUUAUUCAGCCAUUAGGAGGCAGUAAAGCCUCACUUACUAUUCUGAUCAAAUCACUGACACAGUGAACAGUGUGCUGUCUGUGCUUUGUGAUUGAUGGUGGGUGUUGGGUUGAGAGAUUUUACAUCACUCCCUUGUGAUAUGACUCGGAGUAAAUCAUCAGAUAACAAUACAGGAGAGAGAGAGUUAGCAUUCACCCUGAUCAACAGCCUGCACACGCUCAUGAUGGGUUUCUGUGGGGUGUGUGUAGGGUUGGUUUUUUUUGGUCAUGGGUUUUUGUCUUGUACAUUCAUUUUUGCAUCCUUUUAUCCAUUAUCUCGAUGUGUUUCAUUUGGUAAACCCUGACACUAUUGUCUGUCUUUUGUUUGUUGGUUUUUUUCCCUUUCUAUGAAAUGUAAACACCUGUAUUUAUCAGAAAUUGAUUUUUUUUAUGUUUGUGAUAUUUUUUAUUUGCACGAGUCUGAUUAAGUCUAGGAACAUCGAGCUAGAGCACUAGUUUUUAUUUAGGGUCCAGGCACUGAGUACUAGCUCGCUUAAAUGAAUGAUGAUUGGGUAUGUGUAGCUUAGUUUAUUACUCAGGAAAGCUAAACUUGUUGUUUUUUUCUUUCAAUGAAUUGUUUUUUAAUUGUUUGGUUUUUUUUUGAAUGUGUUCACUUACCUUGACUAUUAUUAUUAUUAUUAUUAUUAUUAUUAUUAUUAAAAAGUUACAAAAUAAUAAAUGACACUUGAAUCCUUUUAAAAAUAAUGAUUGGAAA